UCCGCCGGGCUUGCGGGCCUGUCAUGCUGCGGGUGUUCAGGGCUCGUCUGGUCACUACGCUUCUCCGGGCCCCACUGGGCCUGGGGCCCGGCCCAGGGCGGGCGGUGUCGCGGGCUCGAGGGCAGGACUGGCUGCAGCCUACAGGCCAUGAUACGGGCGUCAAGGUGUACAACAGCCUCACCCGGCGGAAGGACCCCUUAAUCGUGAGCAGCGCUGACGCCGCCUCCUGGUAUAGCUGUGGACCAACUGUCUAUGAUCAUGCACACCUUGGCCACGCUUGUUCAUAUGUUAGAUUUGAUAUAAUUCGAAGGAUCCUAACCAGGAUUUUUGGAUGCAACAUCAUCAUGGUGAUGGGAAUUACAGACGUGGAUGAUAAAAUCAUUAAAAGGGCCAAUGAAAUGAAGAUAUCACCUACUGCUCUUGCCAAUCUUUAUGAAGAAGAUUUUAAACAAGAUAUGGCAGCCUUGAAGGUUCUCCCACCCACAGUGUACUUGAGGGUAACUGAAAAUAUUCCUCAGAUCAUUUCUUUCAUUGAAAGAAUAAUUGCUAAUGGGCAUGCUUAUUCAACCGCAAAAGGCAACGUCUACUUUGAUCUGCAGUCACGAGGAGACAAGUACGGCAAGCUCGUUGGUGCGGCUCCUGGUCCUGUGGCAGAGCCAGGUGAUUCUGACAAGCGGCAUGCCAACGACUUUGCCCUGUGGAAGGCAGCUAAGCCCCAGGAGAUGUUUUGGGCCUCUCCUUGGGGAAAUGGAAGACCUGGCUGGCAUAUUGAAUGUUCUACCAUCUCAAGUUUGGUGUUUGGAAGUCAACUGGAUAUCCAUUCGGGUGGGAUAGACCUAGCAUUUCCGCAUCAUGAAAAUGAGAUCGCACAGUGUGAGGUCUUCCAUCAGUGCCAGCAAUGGGGGAAUUAUUUUCUACAUUCUGGACAUUUGCAUGUGAAAGGCAAAGAAGAAAAAAUGUCCAAAUCCCUGAAAAACUCCAUCACUAUUAAGGACUUUCUGAAGACAUUUUCCCCUGACAUCUUCCGGUUUUUCUGCAUGCAGAGCAGCUACAGGUCAGCCGUCGACUACAGCGACAGCACCAUGCUGGAAGCAAAGCACCUCCUCCUGGCUGUAGCCGCGUUUGUCCAGGAUGCUCGGGCCUACAUGAAGGGGCAGCUGGCAUGCGCCCCCAUCAGGGAAGACGAGCUGUGGGAAAGGCUCAGCCACACCAAGGCUGCUGUGAAGGCUGCCUUGGCAGACGACUUUGACACACCCGGGGCGGUGGACGCCAUCAUGGAUCUCAUUCACCAGGGGAACAGACAGUUGAAGGUGGUCACUAAGGAACCCAGUGGUCCUAGGAGUCCUGCUGUGUUCGGCUCCAUCAUCUCCUACAUUGAAGAGUUUUUUGAGACUGUUGGAAUUUCUCUGGCAGAACGACAGUUUAUUUCAGGGGACAGCAGCUCAGCCACUCUGCACAGUGUGGUAGAGGAGCUGGUCCGAUUCCGGCUCAAGGUCCGGCAGUUCGCCCUGGCCACAGGAGAGGCUACCAAGGAAGCCCGGCGGCAGCAGCUCCUAGAGAGGCAGCCCCUGCUGGAGGCAUGCGACGCCCUGCGCCAGGACCUUGCUGCCCAUGGCAUCAGUAUUAAGGACAGGAGCAGCACAUCCACCUGGGAACUGCUGGGCCAGAGGUCAGAAGACCACAAACCGAGGAGCUGAGGAUACGCGAAGGGGGAACCACAGGCUCAGGGUGGUCUGUGCUUGCUUGUCACUAUAGAAGCUUUACAUUAAAGUUUUCCAUUGUGGCUAUUUAGUCAACAUUAAAAUAAAUCAAACUGAUACCAUC